CAAGCGGAUGAGAGGGAAAGGAGCGAAGAUGGCGAGGGAGAUUGAGAAGCAGCCCAUGCCCAAGGCGAUAAUUGUAGGGGGCAGCAUAGCUGGGGUGUCCUGCGCACACGCCCUCACGUUAGCAGGCUGGAACGUGGUGGUGCUCGAGAAAACGUGCGCACCCCCCACCGGAAGCCCCACCGGCGCCGGACUCGGACUCGACCCUCUGGCUCAGAGACUCAUCGAGUCAUGGGUGGGUGACCCAGAUUCUCUCCGCAAAGCCACCGUACCCCUCACCAUUGAUCAAAACCAAGCAAUCGAUGGUAAGAAGAUCAGGGGCACGCUUACAAGAGACGAGAACUUGAAUUUCAGAGCAGCGCAUUGGGCUGAUCUCCAUGGCCUUUUGUAUAAUGCAUUAGCUGAGGACGUUUUCCUAUGGGGUCACCUCUUCCUCUCUUUCAGCAUUUCUGAUGAUAAAUCUUGUGUGAAAGUAAAGAGCAAAGUUCUUGAAACAGGGGAAAUCAUAGAAACAGUUGGGGAUUUGCUCGUUGCUGCCGACGGGUGUCUCUCUGCAAUUCGGGAGCAUUUUCUUCCUGACCUUCAGUUGAGGUACUCAGGUUAUUGUGCGUGGCGAGGAGUUCUUGAUUUUUCAGAGAAUGAGAACUCAGAAACCAUACAAGGGAUGCGGAGGGCGUAUCCGGAUCUGGGAAAAUGUUUAUACUUCGAUCUUGGAUCAGGAACUCACAGCGUGAUUUAUGAGCUUCUAAACAAAAGGAUCAAUUGGUUAUGGUAUGUCAACCAACCCCAGCCAGAAAUGAAGGGGAAGUCAGUGACCAUGAAAGUCAGCAGCGACAUGAUCGAGAAGAUGCACCAAGAAGCAGAGAUGGCUUGGGCGCCUGAAUUGGUGAGAGUCAUGAAGGAAACGAAGGAGCCUUUCCUAAAUGCCAUAUAUGAUUGUGAUCCUUUAGAACAAAUCUUUUGGGACAAUGUGGUAUUGAUUGGAGAUGCAGCUCACCCCACGACACCUCACGGCCUGAGAAGCACAAAUAUGUCAGUAUUGGAUGCAGCAGUUUUAGGUAAAUGCCUUGAGAAGUGGGGGGUGGAAAAUUUGCAUUCAGCUCUUGAAGAAUUUCAGUCUACUCGGCUACCAGUCACUUCAAAGCAAGUCCUCCAUGCACGGAGAUUGGGUCGUUUAAAACAAGGUCUGAUUAUUCCUGAUCGCGAGCCUUUUGAUCCAAAAACAGUGAGUCCGGAGGACUGCGAAGAGCUUCAGCAGAAGAACAUGCCAUUCUUUGCUGAUAUUCCUUUGCUACUUGAUUCAAGGAAUCAUACCCAGCACGACCAUGAGGAAACUGGAGCUUAGUCUUGGCAAGCUCGGUUUUAUAGUUGAUUCUUGAGUAGUUCCUUCUGUCAUCCUUCUAGGAAUACUUCUUAUCAUUUCUUGCCAGGAGCUACUGAUAUGUUAUUAUGUAAUAAAGCAAGAGAAUAAAGUAAUUCAAUUAUUUCAGAUUUUUUUUUUAUGCA